AAUCAGGACCCCCACCUCACCCUGGCCAACUUGAUGGGCUGCACACGGCUCGUGUCCAUGAUGGCGGCGCGGCGGCGGUCUGGCGGAGAGGGGUCACGUGCUCCGAGAAGACCUUUUAUACUACAUUCUAGCCCCGCCCGCUCUCGCGAGACCAUCAACGUUCUUCCCAGCAGCCCUCGCGGUAGAGUCGCCACCGUCCUUCAGUGCAAACGGAAGAUGGCGUCCGCUACCCGCUUCAUCCAGCGGCUGCGGAACUGGGCAUCCGGGCACGAUUUGCAGACGAAGUUGCAGCUGCGCUACCAGGAGAUCUCCAAGCGAACUCAGCCUCCUCCCAAGCUCCCUGUGGGCCCCAGCCACAAGCUCUCCAGCAACCACUAUUACACUCGUGAUGGCCGCCGGGAAGCCAUGCCGCCCUCAAUCGUCAUGUCCUCACAGAAGGUAUUGGCGUCAGGCAAGCCUGCAGAGAGCUCAGCUGCAGCUGCCACAGGGAAGAAGGCUGUGACCCCAGCUCCUCCCAUGAAGAGGUGGGAACUGUCCAAAGACCAGCCUUACCUGUGACUCUGCGCACCCCCACCUCACCAGGGGCACCUGGCUGGGCCCUCAGGGCCACCUGCCUGCUUCCCCUCCUGGUAGUCCUUCCUGGGAGAACGCGACCUAACCUGUGACAAAUA